AUGUCGAGCAAGAAAAAUAAAAAACUGACUGAUGCUGAGCUUCAAUACUUCACUGAGAACUUAGACGAAAUAUCUUCACCAGAUGAAUUGAGUACUGCCUCUGGGGAGUCAUCUUCAGAAGAAGAUCCAUUUCAUAACAGUGGAGAGUCAGACGAAUCGUACAAGCCGUCCUCUAGUUCUGAUGAAGAUAUUCAAAAUGACAAUAGCGAUACUGAAGAAGAAGAAGGAAAUAUUACUGCGGAAAACUCAGGCGAACAAUUUGAAAUUCCUGCUAUGAAUGGCAAUGUAAUAUGGUCGUUACCGACAAGAGAUGCUCACAUACCACGGUUCAGUAUUCCGGAUGAAAUUCAGUGUGCCGUAGACCCAUCGAUUACCGCAAAUUCUACUCCACUAGAAAUAUUCAACAAACUUUUUCCGCGUAGUCUGUUUAUUUUUAUUGCUAAAUGUACAAACCAGAGAAUUCAAAUGUAUAAUCGCAAUAACAAGUCUGCUACCCUUACUGAUGCAGGAGAAAUUAUGAUCACUCUCGGUUGCUCAUUGGUUAUUACAUUUGAUGGACUACCUUCAGUACCCAGCAGUGGGAACUGCCAUACUUACGAGAAAAGAUAUGCCAAAAAAUUUAAAGAAAAAAGAAAAAUGAACAGAGGCGAAUGUGAGUUUUUGACGAAUCAAUCAAGCUCUCUCGCAACCAGAUGGCAAGAUACGAAAGAAGUCAUUGUGCUGAGUAAUUGCCAAAGUACAGUCAUGACAAGUGUAAAGAGAAAAGACAAAAGUGGCAAAAAAGUUGAUGUGCCAUGCCCUACCGCCAUUGCAUUUUAUAACGAAAUAAUGGGUGGAGUUGAUCUUGCAGAUCAAAUGAGCGGCGUUUACAAUUUGGAUCGAAAAUCAUGUAAAUGGUGGAAAAAGGUAUUUUAUCGAUUGCUGAUGAUUUCUGUAGUUAAUAGCUGGGUAAUAUAUAACGACUUACGCCGAACCCAAAAGAAAAUACCCCUAUUGGAAUUUCUAUUUUCUCUAUCAGAAGAUCUAAUCGAAAAAGGGAAAAAACAAACUUUAGUUAAGCUUCGACGCAACAGUCAUGGUAGGCCAUCAAAAAGAACCAAAGUUAUGAAAAAUGUCGGGGAUCAUUUGCCAGUGGAAUCAGCAAAAAGACGACGCUGCGCACGUUGUGCUAUACAAAAAAAGGAGCGUAGAACCACUACUAUUUGUACAAUGUGUAAUGUAGGAUUAUGUAAACAUUGUUUUGCCCUUUACCAUACUUCUUAA